UAAAUUAUUUUUAAUAGUCGCAUGGGUUCUGUCCACAUAGACGGUUGUCCAACGUGCUCACUGUAAAAGACUGACACUUCUUUUAACGUUUUCCAUCGACUUUGUAUUGUCAGGAAUGUUUGUGUAAUAUGAUCAGAACUUGCAUUUGAUUUUAAUGUGUAAUUUUGAAUGUUAAUUUUAGGUAUGUAAAGUUAGUGGUCCCAAAAUCAGAAGUAUCCAUUAGAGCUUAAUUAUUUCGGAAAAAAACAAUUUGUUGAUAUUUUCUACAUGAAAACGGCACUGAAAAAGGUCCAUGCUCUAUAGCAUAAGUGCACUCGUUCCUUCAAAUCAAAUGAGAGGGACAUGCGACUCAAGAACUCUUAAAUUCUUUUAUGCUGACAAACUCUCAAUACCGGUUGGCACUGUCUCAAAAUGAAGAUGACCAUUUGGCUUAAACAAAUCAGUUCCCUAGACGUAUUUAAAAGGAAAAUGGGUAUAAACAAAAAAUUAAAUAUAAAAAAGCCCCAAGUACCUCAUUACCCUAAAUUUAAAUAUUUUGACGAUCUUUUCAGCUAACUAGACCAGGAAGAGAAAUUGUGGAUACGCCAUGUACAGUUUUGAAGUUUUCCUACAAACUCAAUAAAUUGUCUGAACAUGGAUCCUGAGUACAGCCUCCAGGAUUUGGUACGUUGUCAUCUGUGUGAGACUAUUACACCUGUUCCCUCUUUGUACUGUGAAUUUUGUCUCAUACAUCUGUGUAAAGCAUGUGUGGGGGAACAUCUCUCUGAUGAAUCUACAGAACACAAAGUAGUGCCAAUCAAAAAGCGAGGGGUACUUUAUCCUAAGUGUUCAAAACACCCUACACGAUUAUGUGACACAUACUGUGAACAAUGUGACAUUCCAAUUUGUUUUGAGUGUGGUUCCUCUCAUGAACAUUUAUAUCAUAAACAGGUUGGCAUUUUGAAUGUACUUGAAAGCAAGAAAAAGACAAUACAGAGGGAUUUACAAGAAUUAGAAAAUUCUAUUUAUCCCAAAUACAAAGGUAUUGCAUCUAAAAUCCCAAUUCAGAAAAGUGAUCUGAAGAAAAACUCCCAAAAAUUGAUAACAGCUAUCAGCGAACAGGGAGAAGCCUUGCACAAAGAAAUAGACGAUGCCAUGGAUAAACUAAAAUCGGAUGUUGAAGAGAGGGAAUCUAAACAUUUGAUUGCUCUAAAUAGAAAGGAAAAGGAAUACGAACGUAGCAUUUCGGAAAUUACAAGAAACAUUUCUGAACUGAAGAAGUUACUGAAAUCCAACGAUGUCAGCUAUGUCUCUGCCUACAGAUCAAGAAAUGCUGAAUUCAGACGAAUUCCUCCUAAUUUUACUAUUUCCUUUCCAAGAUUUACCCCUCAGAGAAUUGAUGAAGAUCAGAUUAACAAGCUUUUAGGUUCUUUGUCAGCAAUAUCUAUCAGAACAGAAGAUCAUGGCUAUUCAGUGGGUUCUUCUGGUGCUGAGUCAUCUCCCCCAGGCAGGCCGCUUAUUGAUGAACCACGGAUCAUCAAAGAUGUAAACACAGAUUAUGGGGAAGAUAAUAAUUUACUUACUGUGUCCUGUCUUAAUGAUGACAAAUUAUGGACGUGUGGCCAUGAUAGCGUGAUGAGGCUCUACAACCUGAAUGGAAUACUAAUAGAAUCAAUCGAAACCAAAUCAGAAAACAUGCCAUUUGACAUAGCAGUGACACAGAAAGGUGAACUAGUUUAUACGGAUUACAAGGACAGAACUGUGAACCUAGUGAAGGAUACACAGAUACAGACAGUGAUCAGACUACGGGGGUGGAAACCGAGCUACAUCAGUAGUACCAUCUCUGAUGACCUCUUGGUUGUCAUGAUCAGCGAUGACAAUACACAAACAAAAGUUGUGCGUUACUCUGGUUUCUCAGAGAAGCAUACGAUUCUGUCCAAUUACAAAAAUCAACCUCUCUAUUCAUCAAUGAAUCGUCACACUAAAUACAUCACUGAGAACAAAAACCUGGAUAUCUGCGUAGCUGACAAUGGAGCCCGCGCGGUAGUGGUGGUUAAUCAGGCUGGAAACCUUCGUUUUACUUACACUGAUCCUCGCUCUACAUCAGAGGAACCAUUUGAACCUGUAGGCAUUGUUACAGAUAGCCAGAGUCGGAUCCUGGUAGCAGACCUUAACCAUCGUAUCCACAUCCUAGACCACAAUGGACAUUUACUCCGCUACAUUGACAAAUGUGAUCUACAGAGUCCAUUUGGUUUAUCUGUUGACACUAAUGAUAAUCUCUUUGUAGCUGAAAGUGAAACAGGUAAGGUAAAGAAAAUUCAGUAUUACACAUGAACAAUCUGUAGUCCUGGUAUGUACUUUUCAACAAAUUAACAAUGUGACUGAUUAUCGAUAUAUAUCAGCAAACUUAUACAUCAUCAAAUUGAGUGUAACGAAUACGAUUACUGAUAAUGCAUGUGGUGUACUCUAUGUAUCUGGUGUUUAUGAUCUACAUGUAUACAUGUUAUUAGUGAUAUGUUCAUAAGUUGAUGGAUUGAACGUAUUAUUUGAAUUAAUAAUGAAUGAUAAAACUGUGCAUUGAGUAAGAACAUUAUCUAUUUUGAACGUAUGUACUACAUGUACUCAUUGCAAAUACAAUGUCUUUCGUUUACUUGGUAGAUAUUUCUAUUACUUAAAUGAACCGUUUUUACAAUUUACUAAAAAAAUGUCAAGUACAAGAAUAUAAGAUUUAUAACAAAUUAUCAUAAACCUGUAAUUGAAAUUUUCGAUGCAUUUUUUAAUAUAUAAUACUUAAUUGUCCUCGAAAUCUGAUAUUAGUUUUGAGAUACCUCUUCAAUGAUUAUUUUUUAUCAUCCAAUUUGGUUUAUUUUGUAAAUUCAAUCCCACUGUUUCUUUCUUUAAGUUGUGUUUUCUAUCUAGAUACUACACGCUGAACCAAAGUUCUACGUCUUCAUCCAGUAUAAUGUGUUUACUUCUAAAAUAAGCAGAUUCAUUUGACUUGCCGUCGGAAAGACUAAUUUUAGCUUAACUUUCAAUUUGUUAACAGUGAUGCAUUGACUUUGACCUCGUUGCGAACCGAGGUCUUGCCUAAUUAUUGCUAAAUAUCACAAAUCACUUCCGGUUUGGCAUCUUCGCUCGCCAAGGGUUCAUGAUCUACUCCGCUCCUCUACGUAUAUCUGUAUGUUGUAUUGGAGCGGAGUAAAUGGUAAACCCUUGGCUAGCGAAGAUGCCGGUUUUGCUGCAUCUCGCUCUGAGCUCUUGGAUUUCUUUUAGUUGCCUUAGUUGCCGAUUGAAUGACGUUACAUUUAUGAAAGAGAAAAAUUAUAUCAAAAUAAUCUUUCCUUCGGAUUGCGUCAUAUUUAAAACAUUGUCCAAGACAAAAUUAACAGCAAAAAAGAAGUGAGUACAAUCUGUUGUAGAAACAGUUCUAACUGCUCUGACUGUUUUCUCAUUGAUUAUCAUGGCCAUAUCAAGUUGUUCUUUAAAGUCAUCACCAAAGAUGAAUGUCAAACAUAUACUGCCAAGUUAACCAUAAAUAAUGAUAUUGUUUAAUGUAAGUAUUUUGACCUUUUACCUUUGGUCUCAUGAGUAAGCAAUGAAUAAAAUUAUCUUAUAUUGUGGGAGGUCAAGUUCUCGUGCAACAUGUUUGAUAUUUAGCAUGUUCUUUAAAAAAAGAAGCAGCAUUCAUCUGUAGCAAGUAUAGCGUAACUUCCGGAAUUAAGUACUAUAAAAAGGAGCAUAGCCAUAUCAUAAAGCAUUUAAUCUGUAUCAGGUUACGUGUUGCAUGUAAAGACCAUCCAUCUCUAUCAGUUACAAUCAAGUGCCUUCCUCCAACCUCGACAUGGUACAAAACACCUACCCAUGUACAACUGUUAGAUAUUAUCUAAUAAAACUGUAUCAGUUACUGAAUCGUUGAGCUCUUACCUGUAUCAGGUACAAAAUUGUAGACAAUCACUCAAGUGUAACUUUAAAAGUCACCUAUAAUUAUCAGGUUUCAUAUCAUAAUACAGCUAUCUGUAUAGGGUACCAUGUCACUGAGCACCUACCUGUAUCUUGCACCGUAUCAUAGACCACCAAUCUGUAUCAAAUACCAUAUUACAGAUCGCAUUAUAUUAUCAGUUAUCCAAAAGCAUUAAGCAUUUUAAAUAUUGUAGUCCCAAUGUUGUGUCGCUGUUCUUCAUUUUUAAUCUAUGCAUUACAUAAGCAGAGUGUAAUACCAAUGUAAUAAAGAUCCGUUUUAUAUUACUGAAAUAACAUUUAAACCUCUGGUUUUUAUUGUUGAUGAGUCAUACAUAUAUAAGUACAUUAACUUUUUUUUGAAAAUAAUAAAUUUGUAAUCAAAUUACACAUUUCGUCGAUUAUAUGACUUCAAUACGUCUCAAGCAUAAUGCUAGCUUUCAUAUCCUAGUAAUUUUCUUAUGAUUUAUGAAACUAUUCAAAUGUGUUGUGAGCUAGCUUAGAAACACAUGAAAAUUGCCUUCAAUAAUAAUAUAAAACCUUGAUGGCUUUGCAAUUUAUUUUUGAAAGGAUAACGUAUAUUGGAUUUGUAGUUUUUUUUUAGCACCCAGCUUCUAUGUAAAAUAAAAACCUUAAAUCUUAAUAUCC